AUGAGAGAAAUGGUUUCCGAUAUUGUUCUACAGGUGGGCUUGAUGCUCCUCCUCGCCUUCAUCUUCCUUCUUAUGCACAACAUCCCCCAAAAAGCUCUUUCCUAUCUCCAAACUCUCCGAUCCCGAUCCCAAACUCAGGCUAAGCGCCACUUCGUCCGUGGUGCUCAGCUCCUGUCCCAAGCGCAAGCCCUAGCCGCCAAGGACCAGACUGCUGCCGCCUUCUCGCUGGCCAAGUCGGCCGCCGACGAGGCCGACCGCGCCAUCUCGCUGGACGCCAAGGACGCCGCCGCUCACAUCCUCAAGGCCCUGGCGUUCGAGAUCCAGGGCUACAGGACCUCCGCGCUAGACUCGCUAGACGCUGCGUUGUCGCCGAUGGCGGCGCGGUCGCUCACGAAGGAGGAGAGAAGCGAUGCGCUAUUGAAGAGGGCGGAGCUGAAGGUGGCUUUGGGUGCGAAGGAGCGGGUGGACUCGGCGAUCGCCGAUCUGGUGGAGUCGGUGCGGCUGAAAGACGAUAACGCCAAAGCGUACAUUGUGUUGGGGGAAUGCUACGAGAUGAAGGGAAUGGCAGAGGCGGCGAGGAAGGCUUACGAGGACGCGCUUAGGGUGGAGCCACGGGCGGCCGUGGCUCGGGAGGCCGUCGAGCGGUUGGGGUCGUCGUAG